GUAUUAAUUAUUAUUUUGUGUGAUAUGAACAAAUGUGACACAUAAAGGAUCAUUACUUCGCCACAUUGUAGGAACCGUGUCAGAGUAAUUCAUGUAGUUUUAACAUAAAACUUAAGGCUGUGAGGUUUUUACCUGCAAGUCAAGACUCUGGACUUACAAGACCCAACUGAAUACGUCACGCUACACAGGAAGUGUGGAACAACAUCAGCUUGUGCGAGGAGAAACACGCCUCCUGGGUCAGUCACAUUUGCUGUCAAGUAAUUUGAGACAGUUUAUGGUUUUCUUUUAACACUUUGUUACCAGUUGCCGCUGUUUAAUCACAUUAUCUCUGGCUUAUUUCAAGACGCUGUGUUUUCCGUCCCCGAACACCUUUGCAUCAGAAAGAUGCUUCUUCGGACAUUGUGGUCGAGACUGGGAGCUCGGCAGCUUGCUGGGAGCAGACCAGUCUGUAUUGUUUCUUCAACCACUCUUACCCAAUAUUUGAAGCCCAGCAACAACGAAUCUACCCCAAUGAUUAACUCCUGGUCAUCUACAGCCACAAGAACCUUUUACUUAAACUCAUUUAAUCAGCAGUGCAUGCAUAAUCCUACACCUACAAACUUCAUAUGUAAUCAGGCUCGUUUUUAUUCAUCUAACAUUGUACAGUCAGUGCUAAAGCCAACCUUAAAACCAGUAAUAGUGCCUCCUACAGGAAAAAGACCUCCUAAAGGUCCACGAACUAAACAGCCUUCUCGGUCCAACCAGCCUUCAAAGAAAGAGGAUGAGGAUAUGAUGCAAUGCAUAGCCUUUGCAACAGCAGACCAGUAUCAUUUGCCAACACUCAGCCACGACUUGAUAAACCACGGCUUUCAAGAAAUAGAUUUACCAAGAGAUGCAUCAAACGUCCUGGUGAUAAGCACCGAAAACGCUGCUAAAGUGGACGACGACGCUCUUAUUUUUUUCUUCAGGGAAGGAUCCGUCGUUUUCUGGAAUGUCCAGGAGAAAGAGAUGAAGAAAGUUUUGAGGUUAUUGGAACAUCAUGAGAUCCAGCCUUACGAAGUUGCUUUAGUUCACUGGGAAAAUGAGGAGAUCAACUACACUGUGGGAGAAGGAAACACAAAGCUGGAGAGAGGCAACUUCAUUCUUAGUUACGACAUGGAUCAACAAGAGGCUGUCCUGGAGAAAUUUGCAUUUUCAAACGCUCUCUGUCUGUCAGUAAAGUUGGCGAUAUGGGAGGUGGCUUUGGACAACUUUGUAGAGUCAAUUCAGUCAAUCCCAGAGAUGCUGAAGUCUGGCAGGAGAAUCAAACUAUCCUCUGCUGAGGUUAUGCAGAAGAUUGGAGAGCUAUUUACGUUGAGACACUGCAUCAACCUGAGGUCCGACCUUCUCCUCACUCCCGAUUUCUACUGGGACCGAGAAAACUUAGAGAAGCUCUAUGACAAGACGUGUCAGUUCCUGAGCAUCAACCGCAGAGUCAACGUUGUGAACGAGAAGCUGGAGCAUUGCACGCAGCUGACGGACCUGAUGAGGAGCCACCUGAGUGAAAAGCACAGUUUGAGGUUGGAGUGGAUGAUAGUCAUCCUCAUUACCAUUGAGGUGAUGUUUGAACUCGCAAAAAUGAUCUUCUAACCUGCUGACCACAGAAAACACAAAUCUAUGAAUGACAUUAGAGACUUCAACGGAAGAAUGCUGUGCUGUGCUCAGGUAUUCAUUCACUGCUAUUUCACAACGAAUCGCUGACGCAACCUGAAAAUGUGAAGGGGACCCGAUUAGUUUUAGGUUUGUUCCUCUUUCAACAAAGGGACACUUCUCAAACGCACAAUUUAUCUAUAAACAUGUCCAUUCAUCCAUUGUUUACUCUCGCUUAUCCUUCCAGGAUGGAUUGGUGCUGAGCCUGGCUAAAUGUCUGCUCAGAUUUUUGUUCAAACUUGUUGAGUAUUUGACUGUUUUUGUAUUUAAAUUUUAAGAGAAUUAUGAAAACGUUAUUCGUGUGACUCAUUCAUGUUAAAAGAAAGAAGAAUAAAUUCUUACACAAA